AUGCUGGACGAAAACCUCCCCACCUUCUAUGUCAAGCCUGGCAAGAAAGAAUCCCAUGCCUCGACGGUUUACUUCUGUCAACAUGGCAACGAGCCAAACCCCGUCUACACCCUACGGUACCCCGACCCGGCCUCCCCCUCUUCUUCCAACCGAUACGCCAUAGCCUUGGUCGACCCAUUCGUUCCCGAUGUCGUCUACGGCGAGGUUCUCCUCGCGCCUGAAUUCACUCAACCCAGCCUGUCCGCCGAUAGCAUCCGACAGAAUGGCGGAGUGGCCCCGCCCCCAGAACUCAUCAUCCCCACCCGCUUUACCGUCCGCCUCUACAACCCAGACCAGCACAUCACGGUGCAGUUCAAGCCGAAGUCGUGGAACAGCCCGGCGACAUGGACGUUCGAGAUGCCACAGCAGACCUUCCGGCAGCCGUCGAGCUCAACGCUUGAUCAAUCCCGCAUCGACCCCGCCACGGCCGACACAACCCCGAAGCUGCGGUUUAGCUGGCGCCGGGAUAGCAAGCUAUCUAAGGACCUGACGUGUUUGCUGUCGGGGAAAACGGCCACAAUCCCAGAGACGAAGACGAAGAGCAAGGAGCCGGACAUCACUGUGUCGAUCUUCCGUAGUCUGCGCGAACUGACCCUCUACGAGCCCAACCUGUACCGCGUCGAAAUGGAGGACUUCAAGGGACUAGAGGUCGUACUCCUGCUCGGCGCCGUGACCAUCCGGGACGUAUUCUUCGAAACCAUGAAGGACGCCUUCCACUUGUCCAGCCCUAAGCCCACCAAUGCCGCGUCCGCAAACAAACCGCUCCCCAACCCCAACGGAAAACAACCACAACAACCACAGCCCGUGCCCGCAGUAUCCGGCGGACUGAAAGGGAAAGCCCCGAUGGGCACCACGACCUCCAACCAACCCCCACCACAAAUCAGACAACCACAACCCAGUCGCGAAGAAGAACGACGGCGACGAAAAAUGAAAGAAGAGCAAGAGCAAGCACGUCGCCGGCGCCAAGAAGAGGUUGACAAGGAGACGCAGCGACUGCAGCAGAUAUACGGACGGGAGGAACAGCAGGCACGGGCGCAGGCGCGCACACCAGGCCUACCGCCGCGGCCGGCCGCGCCACCCGUUCAAGCCAGCACCCGGCCGCCCCCACAAUCCGCCGUUCCACCCCGCGGGGCGCCCGCCCAGCGGUUCUACCACCACCAUCACCACUCACCGUCAGUGCCGCAUAUCGUGCCAGUAUCGGGCAGGCCACAGGGCACGGCAGCGCGGCCACAGCCGACGGUACAGCCGAAAAAGAGCAGUUUCUUUGGAUUCCGCCGCCCGCCUUCCGACGAGGGCAAAUUGUCGAAGAAGCGGAGCUCGAUGUUUUAA